CCUUGGCCGGGCUAAGGCGCGCGGCUCAGCUUGGAGACGUGGGAUCGACCUAGGAUGGGGUCUGCACUCUGCGCUUCUCAGGGAGCCGCCGGGAAGGAAAAAGUUGUGCAGAGACACUGCGCGUGACCCGGAGCGCGUCGAGCGGGAAAUGGAGGAGCGGAUGGGAGGUAGCUAACCGGACUCGCUCUGCGCUCGGGGACAUCGGAGGCCCACGUCGAGGGUCGCUGGAGAGCCCCGUGGAGAGCGGCGGCGAGGAGAUGAGGAGCGUUCGGUCCGCCUGGCCCAAGACCGGCGUCGAGGCGGGAGGCGACCUGAGAUGCUGAAGGGGGCGAGUGGGGCGCCGCCGCCGGAGGGUACCGCCAUGGCGAGGGAGGAGUGCAAGGCGCUGCUGGACGCGCUCAAUAAGACCACGGCGUGCUACCAUCACUUGGUGCUGACCGUGGGCGGCUCCGCGGACACGCGGGACCUACGCGAGGAGCUGCAGAAGACCCGCCAGAAGGCGCGCGAGCUGGCCGUGGCCACCGGCUCCCGGCUGACAGCGGCGCUGCGCGACCGGGGCUUAGCUUCCGAGGAGCGCGCGGAGUUCGAGCGGCUCUGGGUGGCCUUCUCGGGCUGCCUGGACCUGCUCGAGGCCGACAUGCAGCGCGCGCUGGCGCUGGGGGCCGCCUUCCCGCUGCACGCGCCGCGCCGGCCCCUGGUGCGCACCGGGGUGGCCGGCGGCUCCUCCGCCGUGGCCGCGCGCGCCCUGAGCGCCCGCAGCCUGCGGCACGAGGCCGAGGGCGACAUCGACGUCGCCGACCUGCCCCAGCUGGAGCGCGAGGUCCUCCAGGUGGGCGAGAUGAUCGACGACAUGGAGAUGAAAGUCAACGUGCCCCGCUGGACCGUCCAGGCGCGGCAGGCGGCGGGCGCCGAGCUCCGGUCCGGUGCCAGCGCCGGUGCGUCCUCCGUCGGGGGCGUUUCGGUGGAGGAGCGCGCGGGACCCUGCGACCCCAGUAAGGCCCUGGCCGCCACCGUCUUCAGCGCCGUGCUGCUGGUGGCCGUGGCCCUCGCCUUGUGUGUGGCAAAGCUGAGCUGACCCAUCAGCCAUCUGCUGUCCCUUCUCCUUCCAGGGCAUGGCCGUGAGGUCUAGCCUGUUGAGAGAGGUAGUGAAUCCGGGUGUGUGCGUACGAACACGACCCUUUCGGGGCGCACCUCUGCCUGGGCAAGACGUGUUUUGUUUUGUUUUGUUUUGUUUUGUUUUGUUUUGUUUUAACUCCCUGGCCCGAGAGGAGUUAACAGCGCCGGAUCUGCAGGAGCUUUAGCUCCUAUUAAUAGAAAUCGGUCCACGGUGACCCCAGAUCGGGUAAACACGUACGUCCCAGGUUUGGUGCCCUCACCCUCGUCGGUAGCUCCCACUCCGCUUUAGACAGGACAGUUUGGGAAAGGUGUAGACUUUCAUCAAGCAUAGUAAGGGGGUCGUUUUUGUUCCCUAGACAAGAAACAAAUCGCGGUGAGAUGUAAAUGGGUUUUAUUACCUUAAUCCUUUGGGGCCUGAGCUUUGGGGCGGGUGUGCUGAUGGGGGCUCACGCAAAGUGCUUUCGCUGUGGUACACGACUGCACUUGGCAGAGAUUGCCGUAAGUCAUCAGGAGCAGCGGCUACGGGAGGGUCUGCGCCGUGACCCCAUUUAGGCAACCAACCCAAGAAGGUCGUUCCGAGUCGAUGUGGUGGCUGGAGUUGGAGCCACUGCAUGCUUGCCUUGGGGUUGGGGGGUGGGGGGCGGCGAACCGGAUGCUGCCGCUUUGCGGAGGGCCACGGCGCUAUGUAAGCAGGCACGUUCUCCUUCCCUGGGGUUUAUCUUAUCCCAGAAUUAGACCACAGUGUUUGACCCUCCUUUGAGGGAGGCCCCGGGGAAUCCUCUUUGAAGCUCUUAAUCCUAUCUAUCCCUGGAAUUUACUCGCCAGCCAAUGGGAGCGCUAGUUUUUUUAGAGAGCUGCCGGACUGUCUGACCCCACGCUACAGGAAAGGACAACGCUGGCAUCUCUAGGGCUCAGAAGCUGUGAGCCUGUCAGCCGAGGCUGAGUUCAGAAUGUAACGGCUUUCAUUUGGAAUUUAAGGAGCUCUAAACACACAUACACUCUCCCCCCCCCCCCCCGCCCCAAAGAAUGACUAGCUUAUUAGUACCAAAGCUAGGUUGCGUUUGUUUGUUCGUUCGUUUGUUCACUUGUUUUUGUAUGAAGGAAACUGGGCCACAAGCUCAUAUAUGCCAAAUGAGUCAAGCUUAGAGAACUUUUUACAUGUACAUGUAGGCUAUUAAAUGUGAAUCCGCAUCUCUCUUCUAAAACCUAUAUUCUGGGGGGCCAGAGAGAUGGCUCAACAGUUAGACGUAUGUAUUGUAGCUGGGCUCGGUGGUGCACACCUUUAGUCCCAGCACCUGGAGGCAGAGAGGCAGGUGGAUCGCUCAGUUGGGGGUCAGCCUGGUCUACAGACUGAGAUCCAGGGCAGCCAGAGCCUCAUAGAGAGACCCUGUCUCAAAAACACCGAGAAAAGAAAAAAUAUGUAUCGUUCUUGCAGGGCGUUCAAGUUCUGUUCCCAGCACCCACCCCCAGCAGCUCACAGCUGCCUGUAAUGCCAGCUCUAGGAGAGGUCUGGCGCCCUCUUCUGGCCUCCUCAAGCACUUGUCCUCACAGUCUCCACACAUACGCAUAACUAAAACUAAAUCGUUUUGUUGUUGUUUUGUCUUGUUUUAAUUGUAUUCUUGACUUGGGGCUGAGAAAGCAGAUGCCUUUAACUUUCAAAAGGUGAUUUGGAAUGAAAUCAAAGAUUUGCUUGGCUGGAAAUGGGAUUUAAAAAAAAAAAACUCUGAAAGUGACAAGGAAGGGGCUGGAAUGAUGGCUCAGUGGUUAAGAGCACUGGCUGCUUUUCCAGAGGACCUGGGUUCGAUCCUCAGCACCGCAUGGUGGCUAGCAACCCCUGUCAUUUCAGUCCCAGGCAAUCCGACACCGUAUUUUAGCCUCUAGAGCAACUGCAUGCAGGGGCGGGCUGCAUAGACACACAUGCAAGCAAACUCUAUAAACACAAAAUGAUGAUGAUGAUGAUGACGAUGCUUUUUAAGUGAGAAAGUGGACCAGGUGUAGGGAAAUGGCAGUUCUGUGCCAGGCUAGCCCCCUCCUUUGCGAGGCUAAGGGUCACAAGUGAAUAGGGGCAGGAUUGUUGUCUCCUGGUUUUAGGUGCUGCUCCCAUUCGCGCUCCCUUCCCACACAUUCCGGCGCCUCAAAAAGGGAAAUGUGGAAUCUGUUUGCAGGUGUCUUUGAUUGUGCUUUUAAAAAACCCACAGGUCUUGUAGCCAACAAGACCUUUAUGAUAACUCCGGAUAAGAGGCCCUGCCUCCUCUGGACUCUGGUGAGAUCCCGCUUUAAACCUGUUUGCUCCUGCUUUCCCAGGAUGCCUUUAGAGGUGACGGGGAAACGUUUAAACUUCUGCCUCUCACGCAAACCACAGCAUGGGCUCUUUUGUCACCUUCCCUACCGACUCCUCUCUCAAGCAAGAGAAGUCUGGAGGUAUUCGGUGACAUAGCGUUAGGAAAUGCCUCUGAGAACCAACUGGCGAAGCCAGCCUGCUGUUUCUGAGGCUGUAGCUCUCUCUCUGUUCUUAUCAGCAGUUUUCAGGUGGCUCGGCGGUUAAGAUCACUUAAAAAGAAUCUGCACUUGAGUUCACAGCCAAUAGUUACUUCUAUUAACUAUUAGGGGCGUCUGCGUCGGUGGGGUCUGGCGCCCUCUUCUGGCCUCCGUGGCAUCUUCACAUGCGUGGUGCGUGUGCACCCAUACACACAAAUACUUCUUAAAAGUGUUCUGUAGAAUGUAUUGAUGACACAAGCCGUUGGGCACUGGAGCAAUCCAUUAAGACAGGUUCUCAACCUUCCUGAUGCUGGGACCCUUUAAUGCAGUUUCUUAUGCUGUGGUGAUCCCCCACCACCACCGUAAAAUGAUUUCCUCACUGCUUCGGAACUGUAAUUUUGCUGCUGUUAUGAAUCAUAAUGUAAAGAUGUGGUAUGUCGGAUUCAGAUGUCCGACCCCUUGGGGUCAGGACCCACCGAAUUAAGAGCAACGAGGACAAACAUGCUCCUUGUCACUUCCUCAGCUUGGCCAUCCUUUGGCUGCUUAAUUAGCUGGGUCAGAAGAUGCCCACCUUAUGGGGGAUGGUUCUUAGAUCCCUGCAAUUGGCGAUAAAAUGUCGCAAAGAGAAAAGGCCAGAUUAAACACUCCUGUGAGCCCAAGAAGCUCUCACUGAGUUUGAAAAUGCUCCAUAGGAGGUUACUUCUUUGGUAUUAUGACAGUGUCUGAGGCAACAGCUCCCGAACACGGGCAGAGCCUCUUCUUGCCUUGCACAACUGGCUAUUUUCUAACUAAUGUGUCCACUCUCGUUUCUACGCAUAAUUCGUGAACUAGCUUGCUGACGGAAUCCUGGUUCUGUUCAUACUUUGCUAUUGAAGUGAAUCGUUUUCCAGAGACGUUUGGUAUGGUCUUCUACUUGAUACGGCUGAUAGGGAAAAAAAAAUUCAAAAUGCAUGAGCUAAGCUGGGUUUUGUGCAGGUCUGCUGCUUAAGAAUGAAGCAGGAAGGUCACAAGUUCAAGAUUUAGCCUGGGCUGCAGCGUGAGUUCAGGGCUAACCUGGGCAACUUAGUCCGAAUCUUUCUCAAAGACUGAACAGAGGGCUGAGGCUGUAGCCUGAUGUCAGAGCACUUGCUUAGCAUGCCUGAAGCAUCCAACUCAAUCCUCCUACCCUCCAACAUGUAUUAAUAUUAAAAAGACAGACACUUGGGAUGUCGGGGCACCUAUAACGGAAUGGGUCUGAGCCAGCAGCGAACUGCUACUGACUACAGUAGUCAGGUUGCAGGGAAAUUGCAGAUAAUUAUUUUUCUAAGACAGGAUGUAGUCCUUGCUGUCCUAGACUUUAUCAUGCAGACCAGGCUGUCUUGAACCCAUAGAGAUCCUCCUGCCUCUGCCUCUGGAGAGCUAGGAUUAAAGGCAUGUGCCACCAUGCCCUGCUUUGAAGGUGUAGCCCAGACUGGCCUCGAAGUGCUGAGCCUCCUGCCUUGGCCUCUUCAGAAUAUGCUCCCGGUGUGGGCAGCCACAUCCAGCUGGAUGAUUUUUUUAAUGUAUUAUAAAAAUGUGUGCUUUUAAAUGCCACAGGGGAAUAUAUUUAAGGGUGGUGUUAAAGACCCAGCUUCAUCUUUGCCCCAUGGUUUACAGGACGGAAAGGUUGUGUGAUGCCAAGCAACUGGAAAGUAGUUUUGCAUGGGGUCCCUGGAAAUGCUGCAUUUCCCCCCUCCCUACACAUUGGUUUAUUUUUAAGCUGCUCCCUUCCUCCUUAGCAUGCUCUGUGAUGGAUGGCUCAGAGGUAAAGAGCACAUACUGUUCUUCCCGAGGUCACAGGUUCAAUUCUCAGCACCCACAUCAGGUGGCACAACUGCCCGUAACUCCAGCUCCUGGUGGAUCGGACACUUCUGGCCUCUGUGGGCACCUGCACUCAUGUGCACAGAUACAUACACAUAAUUGAAGACAAUAUUUUUGUUUGGUUGUUUUUUCAAGACAGGGUUCCUAUGUGUAGCCUUGGCUAUCCUGGACUUGCUUUGUAGACCAGGCUGGCCUUGAACUCACAGUGAUCCCCCUGCCUCUGCCUCCCAGUGUGCUGGGAUUAAAGGCAUGUGCCAUCACGCCUGGCUAACAGUAUAGCAUAUUAAAAAAUAGUGUUAAAAGUUAGGCCAAUGAGGCUAAGGGUGCUCCCUGCCAAGCCUGACAGGUUGAGUUCAUCCUUCCACACGGUGGAAGAAGAGAGCAGGCUCUGAAAGGUUGUUCUCUGACCUUCACACAGCCACUGUGACGUGUGUGCGGCCCCUCUCCAUACACACAAAAUAAAUAAUAGAUGUUGCAAAAUAACAAGUGUUAACCUUUUGAAAAAUCAAAAUUAAUUAAGCUUAGGGUGAUUUCAGUCCACAUAUCGUUAGAGGACAGACUUUAAAAAGCAAGCGUGUGGUUUGGGGUGUGGCUCAGCAGUAGCGGGCUUGACCCAGAGCCGUCAAGGCCCUGGAUUCAAUUCCCAGCAGUGCAAAGGAAACCAGAAGUUAAUGUGUGUGUGCUAUCUGUGUGCAGUGUGUAAACAGACAAGGAAUUUAAAUUCAGACUCUUAGGUCUGAGUUUGAGUAUUUCUCUUUAGGGCCUGGAGAGAUGGUUCACAGGUUGAAUACUUACUGCUUUUGCAGAGGACAAGGAUUCAAUUCCUAGCACCCAAAACAGGGCCACUCACUCCAUCUGUCACUCCAGUUCCAGGGUAUCUGUUGCCCUCCUCUGGCCAAUAAGGAUACUGCACACCAACUCACACAGGCGUGCACACAAAAUAAAAUAAUUAAAUCUUAUUUGCAGUCUGUUUUGUGCAGCAUUCAGGCCACCUCAAGGGAUUCUGGGAAAUUGUAAAGACAAGCCCCCUGUGAUUUGUCAUUAAGUUUGGGGUGGGGGGCUACGCUGGCUCCCUAACCUUGGGAAACCAUGCAGCAGAGGUUGUUUCUAUGUGUGAUGGCGGAUCUAUGAGGAACUCAAAGGUUUUCCGUCUACAUGUUGUCUCAACAGGUUCUAACCACAAAGUUUGUGAGUAAGUUAAAAAAAAUUAAAGAUGACAGGCAACAUUAAUAACCCAGCAGGGAAAGGCACCUUCAAAUGACUCCACUAUCAACUUGCAAUUUUAAACAAUAUUCUUAAUUUUCUUUUCACACACACCGGAAUGGAAGCGUACACCAUUCCGAAUGGAUUACAGACUUACUCUCCACAGAUUCUGAUGCAAAAGAGAGGCUCCCGGUCUGCAGCUGUCUGUAUGCUUCCUCCUGCGGUACAGUUGUGCUCGGCCUUCAACAUGGGAAGCUUGGAUAUGGGCAACCCAGGUCAAAGCCAUACUUCAAAUGCAGUUUCUUGUGGUUCUCGAGAACUGACAAAAGGACCUAUGACAAGUGGGACAAAAUACAUUCCGGAAAAAUACUCCUGUCAUUUACUUAUUUUCCAUCUCAUUCUGUGGUGGGUUCUGGGUGUUUUCCUUGCAGGACUGCAAGACACCCUCGUUCUUUAGUGUUUGAAACUUUUAAGACCUUAAGUUUAUACCUAUGUAAAUAUUCAAAAGGACAGCUCCUGUUGUCAAGUGAGUUUAAAGAAUGUCUCGAACAUUGCAAUGCCAGAAAGAAUAGCUGACUGUUGCCUGCGUGGAUAUAUAUGUAUUAGGUGUGUGGCAGAGAGCUACAAAGAAAUAUACAGAAAUGAAAAUAUUUGUUAAGGUGGUGAGAUUAUGAGUGAUGUUUUUUCAAUGUUUUUAUUUAAUGUCAUAUUGUUUUUACAA